CCCACCACAAAUAAACUAAUAAGCAAUAAGCUAAUCCAAACACCCCUGAAUUCAGAUCCAUGCCAUCUCUCUCUCCUCUCGAAUUGGCAGAGAGGGGAGCAGACGCAACUGAACCACUGCAAUAGAGCAAGAAUUUGCACAACAUAUAAAGAAAAGCAACUACCUUUUGCUCUUUAAUGCUCUCUUUAAAAUCAUUUCAGGUGAUUCUCUUUCACCUUUUCUGACAAUCGUGCUCUCAUACUCCUUCCCUUUUCUUUUUUGGGUCUCGAUGGUGAUGACGAUGAGAAGAGGGUUUAGAUGAGAUUAUGGCUGCUGUGCUGUUGUCAAACACUAUGGCUCAAAACCACAACAGCAAUGUAAAUAAUGAUGUGAAACCCACAAUUUUUCAUGACUUUCUCGGCCGCGAUUGUCCUCCGGUGCCCAACUGUGCCGCCGCCGGCGAUGCUUCCGCUGCCGGUUCCCCUUCUGCUUCCGCAUCCCGUGCUGGUGGCCCCAUUUCCACUACUUCUGAUCUGGGUUCUGACAGACAGGUUGGAUCUCAUCUUGAAGGGGUUCCAUUCUAUGGACAAAAAAGUGAUUUUUCAGGCUCAGAUAUUGGGAAUAGAUAUGCUGGGAAUAAACGCAGUAACUCAGAUUCUGUAUUCUUGAGUUCAUCAAGAGAUAGCUCACAUUUAAUGAAGAUGCUGAGAAAUGUAGGGCAAGAGCAACAACCAAUGAGACCAAUAUUGCAACAAGCCACAGUUGCAAAUGGAAAACCUGAUUCCAAUCCUUCCAAUUCCAAAUGGGAAAGAGCAAUUCCGGUCAACGUGGGUCCAGUACUGCAGUACCCUUCACGUACUGGUCAACCUCUACCUUACCCAUAUCAACAAACACUUUCAAACCGAUUCAAAGAUCCCACCAUGGGCACAUCUGUCAUUUCUCAAUCAGCUGCUGAUGAAGGAUCAAGAACUGGAAUCAAAGGGUCUGGAAUCUUGAAUUCUGGUAAUGUCAGUGGUGUUGGUGAACCAAAACACAAGUCUGGAAUCAGUGUUCCUGAGCCAGGCUCUUCUACUCCUCUUCGUCGAUUAGGUUCAACGUCUGUAAGUCGUCAGAUGACUAUAUUUUAUGGUGGUCAAGCUCAUGUUUUUGAUGAUGUUCAUCCAAACAAGGCGGAUGCGAUAAUGGCUAUGGCUGGAUCUAGUGGUGGAUCAUGGUCAACAAAUUACUCACAAAAUCCAUCCAUUAAACCAUUUAUUGGUAUUGGUGAAAACAACACUUUGCCACGUGAGAGAUUGAAUUCAACUCAUGGGACUGGUUUAAGUGAUCGAAUUCCAUCGAUUCAUGGAGGACAUAGUGGUGUUUUAAUGACAGAUGCAAGACGACCAUCACGAGCUACCGAAGAGAAACCAUGAGGCAUAUAUAUUUUUGUGUGUCAUGAAUUCCUACCUUUUUUUAAAUUGUAUUUUGUAGGAAGUUGUUUAGUUUAAUCUAUUUGUUUCAUUUGGAUUAAAAAACAAGUUUUAACUUGUGAAGCAUGUGGUUAAAUUGCUAGAAACUCUUUGGAGUUGGUAUAUCGUAUAUGGUGCACAACCUAAA